CAUUAGCAAGUACACACUGACAUGGAGGAAAGGUUGUAGUAAUACUCCAACUACAUUGCUCAACUCAAAGACAUGGAUGGUAUCGGACAAUGCUAGAUUUACACAGCAAGGAGGCAGUUACAUAAUACCAGGGCUGGAUGGUAACACAACAUAUUGUAUAGACGUGAAAGCAACAAAUAGUAUUGGACCAAUUUUAAUGUCCACGACGGUCAAAGCAACUACACUGUCUGUCCCAAACCAGCCUGAACUUCAAUGUAAUCCCACAUUGACCACAAAUACAAGUGUAGCAAUAACUUGGGUAGUCAGCAGCAAUGGUGGUGAUGAUGUUUCACAUUAUGCUGUAGUAUUGAGUGAAGAUCUGAAUUUCACGCUGAUAGCAUAUUCAAAGAAUCUGUUUGUGGUUGACAAUUCUGAGUUGACACAGAAGGGUGAAAUGGUUACUGUGCCAGGUCUUUCUGGUAGAACAACAUAUUAUGCAAAGGUUGUUGCAAGAAAUUGUGUUGGUGCUAGUGUUCCUGCUACACAGUCUUGCUCUACACGCUGUGGUCAGUGUAUUUGUGAGUAGUUGUUUGUAUUCGUGUGUUGUUUGGUCUUAUAUGCAUUGUGUUGUGUUGUUUCGAUCUGUA